CGGGCGGAAGCGGACGCCAUUUGCACCGUUCAACAUGGAGAGUAAUCUGAGUGAAGAUAAAAGCUUGAACACAAGAGUGUUCUUGGAGAGCCUCCCAAAAGACAUUCGCAAAGAUCAGGUGGAUAAAACAUUUUCCCGAUAUGGCAAGAUAGCAAAGGUGUACCUGAUCUACGAUCCUCCAGGCUCAGGCUUCGUAGAAUACUUCGAUGCUCGUGACGCAGAAUAUGCAGCAAACCAAAUGGAUGGAGCAGACUUUAUGGGGUCUCGGGUAUCUGCCCGUGUCACAAGAGGAGGAGUGCCUCGUGGCCGCAGCCGUGGCUUUGCUCGAGGGGGUUAUGACAGAGGGAGCCGGGGGGGAGGAUACCACUCGAGCAGCUACGGCAGCAGUCAGGGCUAUGUUCCUAGGGGUGGUGGGGGCUACAGGGGAGGGUUUUCACGGGGGGGAUUCAGGGGCUCUGAAAGGGGAGGUGGCUAUGGAGGACGGGGUGGGUAUUCACGAGGGGGAAGCUACUCCAGAGGUGGCGGUGGCUAUUCACGUGGUGGUGGAUAUUCGCGUGGAAGUGGCUACUCGCGAGGUGGUGGCUACUCCAGAGGAUUCUCCCGUGGCGGUUACGGCGGCUCCAGCAACUACGACAGCUACUCUGACAAGUAUGAAAAAUCAUAUGACAAGCCAGCUGAGAACGGCUACUCUCGCUACCCCUCUGGUGACAAGUACAAGUCGCACUAUUCAGAUGACAAGUAUGACAAGUAUGUGAACUACAGCGGGUCCCGCAGGGAGGAGUACCAGCGCAGCCGUUCACCAGUCAGCCAUUCACCUGAUCGAUAUCGUUCUGCCUCUCCGGGCUACCAGCGCACCAGGUCGCGGUCGCCAAUUGGUGGUGGGUAUGGCAGCUCCUCACGCCACUACCCUUCCUCCUCCCCCCCUCCCCCAUCCAGGGAGGUCAUCCGCACCUCGCGCUCUCGUGACUCACACGACUAUAGUCCAGACCGGGCUUACUCUCGCAAGGAAUAUUCCAGUUCAUCUUAUGGAGGACGCCGCAGCCCUGUCGAUUCCCACUACUAGAAAAGUCAGGGUGGGAUCUCAUGCGACAACAAUGCUAUGAGAUGAAGAAAAAAGAAGAGGACCUUAUAACAUAGCAGAAAAAAAAAAUAAUUUAACCAACUGGGUCUUGGAGGUUCUUAUUUGUUGUAAAAGUUUGGAAAAGCUGUGUAGUGAGUAGCACUUGGGAAUAGAUGUUUACUAAGUCUGUUUUUUACUGAACAUGAACGUAAUAUUUUGUUUGAAAAAUGUGGUAAUGAGGAAAAGUUUUACAGCCAUUUGUUCAUGAUUUGAAAAAUAAUGAUAAAAAGAAAAGUGUAAAAGAGAGUAACAGAAACGUCCCCCCGCCCCUGAACGCACAACCUUUAUAUAGUAAAUAUAAUUUGUUUUGUAAGAAAAAUUAGGAAUACUAUAUUUAAAAGUGUCAAGUGCAGACAAGCAAAGACUGCCAAGUACAUAAAGUAAAAUGAGAAAUAAAAAUGAGUAAACAGAAACAAAGGGUUUACGUGUUUCAGGUGACACAGGGCUGUUUAUAUGGGUAAGUUACACCAGCUGUGGAACUUUUCUUACCGCAGGCUUGAACCAUUCUCAUUUAUAUGGUGGGGAUUACAAGGAACAAGAAAGGGGAUUACUAACAGUGAGUACUGAAUUAUUGAAGGCAAGGAAGUAUGCCCAAGAAAAGAGAAUGGUUUAUAGGCUUUUUGAUCUGUUCAAAAAAAGUAAAAAAAAUCUUUUUCUUAAGUAGAUUAACAAUGCAUUUUUUAGUAAGUUAGUGGUUCAGCAAACUUGCAUUAAGUUCUUACUUCAUAAGAUAAUAGUUUUACAUGUGCUUCUGUAACCUGUUUGCAAUGCAGAAAAUUUGGUGGUGUACCUGUAAAAUGCAGUACUAAUGGUGUAAGUGUCAAUUAAAGUUCUUAUCUCAGUCUUCUGUAAUUUUUCAUCUAUGCAGAACUCUGAUUUUUUCAAUAUCUCAUUGUUUCUUGUGUAGAAGAAGAGUUCUGUGAAGAUGACAGUCUCACUGUUUGGCAGAAAAAUAUAUUUCACUAUUACAACAUGAAUAGAAAAAGUCUGUCUGGGUGUUUGUGCCAACAAAUAGAUUUUUUUUUGUUUUUGUUUUCUCAUACCAAGUUGGACGACAUUGGGCCUAGACUAAUGGUGCACAAGGUAUAUCUUGCAGUAUUUGGUAGUUAAUGAAAGAAAGAUAAUUUCAUGAACAUAGGCUCCUUGAAAAGUAAAUAUGUUUCAGAAAAAAGUAUUUUGCACACUUUGGGAGUGUCAGAUUCAUGUGCAAGUUCUCGCAGAAAUACAAGAAAGAAUAUACAGAAAAUAUCUGGUUAUAGGCAUACAGUGUGGCAAGUAGGUAGAUAUACUCUUUUAUCUUUCAUACCUAUGAUAAGCAACCUCCAAAGUUGGUCACAAACUUUCAGAAAGUGAACAAGGGGAAUUCCAUUUUGUAUACAAGUUGAAAUAUUGUAAAACUGCCAUAUGGGUCAGAACUGCUAAUGAAGUGCAGGUUAUGUUUUGAGGUUGUUCAUAUCUUCACCUUGAAAAUGUACACCUUUAAUAAAUGGUUAAAAGUUCUUGAA